UGUUCCUUCAUUUGGGAACACUGAAUCUGACGUAUCUCGAUCGGCGGAAAUUUAUACGUCAAAAAGUACGGGUGGUCGUAUUUUAAAGGGAUUUCCACAUUAAAUUUCUCGACGGAGUUGACUUCGGUCGUGCGAGAUUCAACAUGCUGGCCCUUAUUAAUCGGAUCUUGGACUGGUUCAAGUCUCUCUUCUGGAAGGAAGAGAUGGAACUCACUCUCGUCGGUCUGCAGUACAGUGGAAAGACUACGUUUGUGAAUGUCAUAGCGUCAGGGCAAUUUAGCGAGGAUAUGAUACCGACUGUAGGCUUUAACAUGCGUAAAAUAACCAAAGGCAAUGUCACUAUAAAAGUAUGGGACAUCGGCGGUCAACCAAGGUUUAGAUCCAUGUGGGAAAGAUAUUGUAGAGGAGUAAAUGCCAUAGUUUACAUGGUAGAUGCGGCUGAUUCGGAGAAAAUUGAGGCGAGCCGCAACGAAUUGCACAACUUGUUGGAUAAGCCACAAUUGUCUGGCAUACCAGUGUUGGUUCUGGGCAAUAAAAGGGAUUUACCUCACGCUCUGGAUGAGAAUGGACUCAUAGAAAGAAUGAAUCUGUCUGCGAUUCAGGACCGUGAGAUUUGCUGCUACAGUAUUUCGUGUAAAGAAAAAGACAAUAUCGACAUCACGUUACAGUGGCUCAUAGCGCAUUCGAAAGGUGGGGUUCGCUAAUACUCUUAAAAUAUCCCAUUUGUUAGUAUCGGCGAGUCUUUGAUACUGAUAACAGUAUUGGGAUCAAUUGUGAGGAAACGAGCGCAAUGAGCAAACUUCGUUAUUUAAAAAAAAAUUGAAAAAAAAAAACUGAAUCAUUGUAGAAAAAUUACUUGACUUUAAGCUUUAGCCGAUCUGAGUUGAAUGAUACGAAUGCCGCGGUAAAAAUUAAAAAAAAAAAAAGAAGAAGAAAAAAAAAGAAAAUACAUGCUUAUAUGCCAAGAGUAUGCUCGUGUGAAUUAUACCAUAAGGCACUCACACAUCCCGCGAGCAUAUUAGUAAUAAGGAACAAUUUUUUAUAUUUUCGUUUAUAGGUAAGUCCAAGAAUAUAUUCCAAUAUUUAAAUAACGAUUGAAUACCUACAAUUAGAUGGAUUUUCUAUGAUUGCCCCGCUAAUGUAAAACUUGAAAUAAUAGCAACCUAAUCGCAGUUAAUUAUUGUGAUAUAUUAUAGUCUAGAUGUCGAUAUUCUGAUUUCAACUUGUACCCUCGAAAGAUACCAAGCGUUUCAUGUAUAAAUUAGAGAAAAUGGUAGCUAUUAUGAAAUACACGCGCAAAGAUACAUUACUAUUGAUACAAUCACAUUAUUAUAACAUCACACACCUUCUCGAGGAACUUUAAUAACAAAUAAAAACAACGUAUUGCAAA